AUCGACAAGGCAAGGGGAGUCAACUACUUAUCGUUUACCCAACGUCUUUUUAAUCCCGUCUCAACGGCUAGUUACUGGCGGUAAUUGCCAAUACUGUACAUGCCCCUCUUCUGUUUCUCCCUUUCUUUUAUUUCUUCUUCCGCAACUUUCUCCAGAAUCUGAGGGAAAAUAAACGGAAAAUGUUGCAGACGCAGAAGAAUUUUCAUUUUCUCUCACCCUUCCUUUUCUCACUCUUUUUCUCUCUUUCUCUCUCUAACCCAGAAACCACCGCCCUGCUGGCAUUCAAAUCCUCCGCCGACACCUUCAAUUCGCUCUCCUCCUGGGUCGCCUCCUCCGACCCCUGCUCCGGCUCUUGGUUUGGCGUCACUUGCGAUCCGGCGAAACGCCAAGUUACCCGAAUCGUUCUGGAGAACCUCAACCUGACCGGUUCGGCUCAGCAACUCACCCAACUCGCCCACCUCAAGCUCCUCAACCUCAACCGCAACCGCCUCUCCUCCUCCCUCAACCUCUCCGCGUGGCACAACCUCAACCACCUGUACCUCUCCCACAACCGCUUCGACGGAGCCCUUCCAGCCGGAAUCUCCCGCCUCCGCCACCUCAGGCGGCUCGACUUAUCGCACAACCAAUUAUCCGGCGAAAUCCCACUGACCGAGUUGGCUCAGCUGCCUCACUUGCUAACUCUCCGCCUGGAGUCCAACUCGUUCACCGGCAAACUCGCCUCCGCCGACUCGAUUUCUGCAUCGAUUUCGGACUUCAAUGUUUCGCACAACAACAUCUCGGGCAAAAUUCCAACGUGGCUGUCCAAAUUCGGCGCCACGUCGUUCGCCGGAAACGAGCAUCUCUGCGGCAACCCAUUGCCGUACAAAUGCUCCGAUCCAACGGCCGCUAACUUUUCCAUACAAUCCCGGAACCGACACGACAGCGUUUUGAGUAACGCCGCGCUGCUCGCGAUCAGUAUUGUCGGCGCAGCUGCUACGCUGUUAGUGAUACUAGUGGCCGCCACGUGGUAUCGGCGCAUCAAAAGUCGCGGGACCCACAGCGAGACAGCCAACGAACACGGUUUCGUGAGCAAGCAAUACGGACCCGGAGAGUUAACGAAGAAGAAAAGUACAACUGGAGUCCAAUUGGCCCAGUGGGCCCAGUCUAAUGUGAACGGGCCUGUAGGUGGGCCCAGAGAAAGCGAAGACAUGGUUGUAUUUGAAGGGUACCGGGGCUCCGACAAGGUUGGGGAUCUGCUGAAGGCAUCGGCGGAGAUGCUGGGUAAGGGGAGCGUGGGGACCACUUUCAAAGUCGUGACGGACGGCGGACACAAGGUGGUGGUGAAGAGGGUGAGGGAGAGGAGAAAUGGUGGGAAGGAAAUCGAUGGGUUUUUGGGGCAGAUUGGCGGGCUGAGGCACCCCAACAUCGCCGCCCUCAGAGCCUACCACAAUUCCAACCAUGAGCUGCUUUUGGUCUACGAUUUAUUCCAAGAGGGAAGCUUGCAUUCCGCGCUGCAUGGAAACCGAGGACCCGGAAGAACGCCGCUUGCUUGGGCCGCAAGAUUGAAGCUUGCUGCGGGGUCUGCAGAGGGACUGGCCUUCCUCCACGGCUGCAGCAAAUCCAAGCUCUUUCACGGAAACCUCACUUCGUCGAACAUAUUGGUGGAUCGAACCGGAAACGCCUGCCUGGCCGACGUCGGCCUCCAGCAGCUCCUCCCUGCUCCGUUUUCAUCAUCAACAAGUGCAUACAGAGCUCCUGAAUUGAUGGUGUCCAAUAAUAAAACUCCGAGAAAGUUCACGCAGAAAUGCGAUGUUUAUAGCUUUGGGGUGGUUCUGUUGGAGAUUUUGACGGGGAGGAUGGCGGCGGAAGAAGGAGAGACGAAUUUGGUGGAGUGGGUUAAGACCGCGAUGCAGAAAGAGUGCAAUACUUGGGAAGUGUUGGAUUUUGAGCUGUUGGGGGAUAGAGCGAUGGAGGGCGAAAUGUGGGCUCUUUUGGAGGUGGGGUUGCUCUGUGUUACUCCGUUGCCUAAAGAUCGCCCGACGAUCGGCGUUGUGCAUCGGAUGAUCGAAAAUAUUUGGAACAAGGGUGAUAGAGAAGAUGGUGCUAAGUUUAUUUUAGAUGAGCUCACUUCUGAUUCUUCUUCACCUUCACAUUCACGUUCUGCAAGCACUUAAUGAUUUCAUUCCAAAAGCUUCAUUGUGCUUAAUUUAAUGCAUAUUGUGUUAAAUGUUUUGUACUCUCAUAAGCAUUGCAUUGAAUCAUUUGAAUAAAAAGACUUGUGAUUGGUUUAAAUUUCUAA